AUUUAAGGUGUCUCACACGAGACUCAUUAUUAUCCAAAUGUUUUUUCCCGGUCCAAGGUGACCAAAUCAUGUAAAUUUAACCCUAAACCUAAACCUAAAGCAUUCAGAUUCCAGAUUCCAGAACAAAUCUGUAAUUUCAUAUUCCAUUUCAAAAUUGAUCAAAAUCCCGCUCUUCACACCCUGAAUUUAAUUUCAGAAAAUUUUCGAGCUAAAUUUAAAUUUUAGCACCAGAUUUCUCAAUUACUACUAUCCAAAUUAUUCACAAUUUAAAUUUUGAAAUCCCACCAAAAUUCUUUGCACCAUUUCUAUUCUACUUUAUAAAGCUACUCAGUAAGGCCAAUUUCAAACAUGAAUUCAUCAUUUAUUUGAAGAUUGAUCAACUCAAAUCUGGUUAAGGGAUUUAUAGCUCCAAAAUAUGCAUGUAACUAGAGACAGAAAGUCAAGACCAGUUGAUAUUUUGUCAAUGCUAUCAAAUGCCCAACGUCGAGUUAACCUUGUAGUAGAUGUACCUGGAUUACGAUGGAAGGGUUUAUCAACUAAAGUCUCCACGGGAAAAACUGGGGGUGUUAUCAAUAAAAUAAGUAGGGUUCGAGUUGGGGCUAGAAGAAGAAUGUACCGUUGGUAUGUCAAUAUUGAUAAAGAGAAUCAAAGGCCAAAGACACUAAGGCAAAGCAAAGCCAGCAUAUUGCCUUAUUGGUAUCCUAGGACCCCUCUGAGGGACAUCACUUCUAUUGCUAGGGCAAUAGAGAGAAAAAGAGCCAAGUUACGUAAUGAUCAAACAACAGAAGCUGAAGCUUCAGUAUCCAACACUCAGCUGCAGCAUGAGACGAGUAACUUGUCAACUGUUCCUCAAGAAUGCAAAGUCGCUGAUCAAAAGGACAAAGAUGCCGAUUCCUCCACCCCUCAAAAGACAUUGCUCAACUCAAUAGAAGAGGUGAGGCAGGUUUGGUUGGAGGAUCAGCUGAAACUUGAGAGGACUCCAGCUGCUAAGAAAGCCAAGAGAAAGGAAAGAAUUCGCAUUCUGAUGUCCAUGCGAUGAACCACAGACUUCAGUAUGCUCAACUAAAAAGGAUUAUGGGGCUGUUCAAUCAGAAAAGUGUAGGCAAAUUGGUACCGUUCGUUCUGUCUUAUCUGCCUAGCCCGAGAUUUCUGUUUGAUUAGCUUCUGCUAACACCUGGAGUAAAUGUAUCUGCAUCGUUGUAGAAUUAGAAGUUCAGUAUAUUCUGUCUCAAAAUCAAGUUGAUGUAUUUAUGUAAUAUGUAUGUAUAUAUUUAUCAAUUCAAAUUAAGCAGGCUAUGGUCUAGGCCUUAUAACUUGGAAGUGGGAGCUGUAGGCUAUUGGACUAGCCACUACAAACUUUUCCUCUUGCUGUACAUAGUCGCCUAAACAAUGCCUUAUCUUUGUUUUUGCGUUGUGAAGUACUUCCUCUAUUCACUUUAUUGAAAAUUGUAAGUGAUCUCUUUAACAUAUUAAA